AUGGCAACUCCAGGCUCAGGCUUUUGGUCCUUCGGGUCUGAAGAUGGCUCCGGGGAUCCCGAGAACCCCGGCACAGCGAGAGCCUGGUGUCAGGUGGCCCAGAAGUUCACGGGCGGCAUCGGAAACAAGCUGUGCGCCCUGCUCUACGGGGAUUCAGAGAAGCCGGCAGAGAGUGGAGGGAGCCAGCCCGCGCGGGCCACCUCCCGGAAGGCCACCUGUGCCUGUAACCAGAAGCCUUGCAGCUGCCCCAAAGCGGAUGUCAACUAUGCGUUUCUACACGCAACAGACCUGCUGCCAGCCUGUGAUGGAGAAAGGCCCACUUUGGCGUUUCUGCAAGAUGUAAUGGGCAUUUUGCUUCAGUAUGUGGUGAAAAGUUUCGACAGAUCAACCAAAGUGAUUGAUUUCCAUUACCCUAAUGAGCUCCUGCAAGAGUAUAACUGGGAAUUGGCAGACCAACCACAAAAUUUGGAGGAAAUUUUGAUGCAUUGCCAAACGACUCUAAAAUAUGCAAUAAAAACAGGGCAUCCCAGGUACUUCAAUCAACUUUCCACGGGACUGGAUAUGGUUGGAUUAGCAGCAGACUGGCUGACAUCAACAGCAAACACUAAUAUGUUCACCUAUGAAAUUGCUCCAGUAUUUGUGCUCUUGGAAUAUGUCACGCUGAAAAAAAUGAGAGAAAUCAUUGGCUGGCCUGGGGGCUCCGGCGAUGGGAUAUUUUCUCCUGGUGGCGCUAUAUCUAACAUGUAUGCCAUGCUGAUUGCACGCUUUAAGAUGUUCCCAGAAGUCAAGGAGAAAGGAAUGGCUGCUGUUCCCAGGCUCAUUGCCUUCACAUCCGAGCAUAGUCAUUUUUCUCUCAAGAAGGGAGCUGCAGCUCUGGGGAUUGGAACAGACAGCGUGAUUCUGAUUAAAUGCGAUGAGAGAGGGAAAAUGAUCCCAUCUGAUCUUGAAAGAAGGAUCCUUGAAGCCAAACAGAAAGGAUUUGUUCCUUUCCUUGUGAGUGCCACAGCUGGGACCACUGUGUAUGGAGCAUUUGACCCCCUCUUGGCGGUCGCUGACAUUUGCAAAAAGUACAAGAUCUGGAUGCAUGUGGAUGCAGCUUGGGGUGGGGGAUUACUGAUGUCCCGGAAACACAAGUGGAAACUGAGCGGCGUGGAGAGGGCCAACUCUGUGACAUGGAACCCACACAAGAUGAUGGGCGUCCCCUUACAGUGCUCUGCUCUCCUGGUUAGAGAAGAGGGGUUGAUGCAGAGUUGCAACCAGAUGCAUGCUUCCUACCUUUUCCAGCAAGAUAAACACUACGACCUGUCCUACGACACUGGAGACAAGGCCUUACAGUGCGGACGCCAUGUCGAUGUUUUUAAAUUAUGGCUAAUGUGGAGGGCAAAGGGCACCACUGGGUUUGAAGCACAUAUUGAUAAGUGCUUGGAGCUGGCAGAAUAUUUAUACAAUAUCAUAAAAAACCGAGAAGGAUAUGAAAUGGUGUUUGAUGGAAAGCCUCAGCACACAAAUGUCUGCUUCUGGUACGUGCCUCCGAGUUUGCGUGUCCUGGAAGACAAUGAAGAGAGAAUGAGCCGCCUCUCAAAGGUGGCCCCAGUGAUUAAAGCCAGAAUGAUGGAGUAUGGGACCACAAUGGUCAGCUAUCAGCCCUUGGGAGACAAGGUCAAUUUCUUCCGCAUGGUCAUCUCAAAUCCCGCAGCAACUCACCAAGACAUUGACUUCCUGAUUGAAGAAAUAGAACGCCUUGGACAAGAUUUAUAA